UUCAGCUUCAGCCUUUUUCCCUGUUCUCAAUCUGCAAUUACUGUUCCUUUUCUUUUUCCUCGAUUUUUCCUGCUACCUUGUUUGCUUUCCUCGCUUUACUCAUCGGUUUUUUUCCCUUCUUGUAAGUAAUGAGUGUGUUAUAUGUUUGUUUCUUAUGGAAGCUUAAUGAGGCUUUUUUUUCUAUGAGCAAUAGUGGUCUUUUUUUGGUUCAUUGACUUUUCUAUUUAAGCACCCAUUGUCGUGAACACCGUUUCUCAAGUAGCGUGAACGAAGAAUUGCGUCAUUGCGUCUGGGUUUCGUCUGCUCAAGAUUUUGAUUUGGGGAAAAUCUACUGAAUAAAAUGCUGGAGAUUGGAAGCCCUGUGGCCAUUAGUUUCCGCACGAACACUACUUGUAAUGCUCUUCUCGGAGAGCUUCAGCAAAUAUGGGUAGACAUUGGUGAGUCUGAGGCCGAAAAAGACAGGAUGCUGAUGGAAAUGGAGAGGGAAUGCGUCCAAAUUUACCGAAGAAAAGUUGAAGAGGCCACAAAUGCUAAGGCACGGCUUCAUCAGUCUGUUGCAGCAAUGGAAGCUGAAGUUGCUGCUCUCAUGGUUGCCCUUGGUGUGUUAAAUUUCCAGUCACCGAUAAGAGUGGACAAGGGCUCAAAAUCAUUGAAAGAAAAGCUUGCUGCUGUGACACCUCUAGUGGAGAACUUGAGAUUGCAAAAAGAGGAAAGGAUGAAGCAAUUUUCUGAUAUAAAGUUGCAAAUCGAGAAAAUAAAUGGGGAAAUAUCGGGAUACAGUGACCAGCUCAACAAGGCCAUGAUUGGUUCCUUGACUCUCGAAGAGCAAGAUUUGUCUCUGAGGAAACUUAAUGAGUAUCAAACACAUCUUCGCAAGCUGCAGAAGGAAAAGUCUGAUCGUUUGAACAAGGUUUUGGAUUAUAUGAAUGAGGUUCACACUCUACAUGGUGUUCUUGGAACUGACUUUGGUCAAACUGUUAGUAAGGUUCACCCAAGUUUACAUUGGACGAACGAGCAAUCUACAAACAUUAGUGAUAAUACAUUGAGUGGCCUAGAACACACGAUUCAAAAGUUAAAGACUGAAAGGAGAUCCCGAUUUCAGAAGCUGAAAGAUAUAGUAACGGCGCUUUUUGAGCUAUGGAAUCUGAUGGACACACCACAGGAAGAGAGGAUUCAAUUUGCCAAUGUCACAUCUGUUGUAAGAUCAUCUGAAUCUGGUAUCAGCGGGCCAGGCAUCCUUUCAACCAAGAUGAUUGAACAGGUGACUGCAGAAGUAGGCCGUCUCAGUAAGCUGAAAGCUAGCAGAAUGAAGGAGCUUGUGAUGAAAAGAAGGUCAGAGUUAGAGGAUCUCUGCAGAAUAGCUCACAUUGAGCCGGACACGAGCACUUCGGUUGAGAAAACUUCUGCCUUGAUAGAUUCUGGAUUGGUGGAGCCUUCAGAGCUAUUGGCUAAUAUCGAAGUACAGAUUAACAAAAUCAUGGAAGAAGCUCGCAGUCGGAAAGAAAUAAUGGAUAGGAUUGAUCGCUGGCUCUCUGCAUGCGAAGAAGAAAACUGGCUGGAAGAAUAUAAUCAAGAUGAGAACCGGUACUCAACUGGAAGAGGUUCUCACAUAAACCUCAAGCGUGCAGAAAGAACCCGGGUUACAGUGAGCAAAAUACCCGCAAUGGUCAACAAUCUCAUUAAGAGGACGCUUGUCUGGGAAGAAGAAAACCAGAAGUUAUUUCUGUAUGACGGUGUUCGGUUGGUCUCUAUACUGGAAGACUACAAAUUGACCAGGAAACAACGUGAAGAGGAAAAGAAACGAUACCGGGAUAGGAAGAAGAUUCAGGACCUUCUGCUAACCCAGAGAGAAUCCAUUUACGGGGCAAAACCGAGUCCAAGAAGGAGCAACAGCUUCAGAAAAGCCAACGGGUACAGCAUCAGAACCGGGAAUGGAACAAUGACUCCGACACCACGUAAAUCCUCAGUCGGGGCCACCACUCCUCCUGACCUUCUGACCCCAAGAUCCUACUCAGGUCAUUACCAGAAUCGAUAUUUCAAGGAAGUGAGGAGGCUGUCUACAGUUCCAAUAAACUUUGUGGCAAUACAAAAGGACGAUACAGUCUCUACAUACACCUCUGUCUGCGGUUCUGAGCCAGACUCCCCUCCGCAGGGCUGACGGAUUUGGGGCUUGCAUCUGGAUCCAGUUGAGGAAACUACUGAACUUAGAUUGAACUUGGACGUGUAAGGGUUAGUGUGAAUACGAACAGGUGGGGUUUUGUACACUAUUAGAGUGUGUGUGUGUGUGUGUGUGUGUGUGAGAGAGAGAGAGAGAGAGAGAGAGAGAGAGAGUGUUUUCUAGUUUGUCUUAGGUACAAAACCUGGUCACUGACCUGUUGUUUUUUUAGGAGGGAGAGGAGUAUAAAAUAAAUGUUGUUUUUGUUUGAGACUGCUUGCUGAGAUCUUGUCCGAACCUUUUUUUUUUUUGUUCUUUUGUUUGUCCUUUUCCCUUUUUUUUAAUUUUCUCUGCAUCUCUUUCUGUGAUGUCACUGUGUAGAUAUAGAUUGGUUUGAGCUGUUGAAAUUAAGUGGAUUUGGUU